CGAACCCUAUUGACUCUGGCCAUCGAAACUUCGUGCGACGACACAUCCGUCGCCAUCGUUGAAAAACACAAAGAUGCUUCAGCAACCCUACACUUCCACAAAAAAGUGACUGCCAACACAGCCGCAUACAAUGGCAUCCAUCCUGUGGUUGCCCUGGAGUCGCAUCAAUCCUCGCUUGCUCCGCUGCUACAAGAGGCAUUGAAUCAUCUGCCACCUACACAGUCGGACUCUGAUCCUCGCCGCUCCUUGCACACUGGAAAUACUUCUCGCACUAAGCCAGACUUUAUCUCAGCGACAAGAGGUCCAGGCAUGCGCUCAAACCUUUCUGUUGGACUAGACGCUGGCAAAGCAUUGGCUGUAGCCUGGGAUGUUCCUGUCAUAGGUGUUCAUCACAUGCAAGCUCAUGCCUUGACACCACGCCUAGUAUCUGCCCUCGAAUCUAAGGCCGUCACUGGACCUAACUUUCCCUUUCUGAGUGCCUUGGUGUCUGGAGGUCAUUCUAUGUUGAUCGAAUCCACUGGAUUGACUGAUCAUAAGAUCCUAGCCACAACCGGCGAUAUCGCGCUAGGCGACUGCUUGGACAAAGCCGCGCGCGCGAUUCUGCCAGCUCACUUAGCACUGCCUCCUUACGGACGAGCACUCGAACAAUACGCUUUCCCUGCUGGGGCCUCGGACUACAACUAUACAGCACCUGCAAAGCGAGACGCAGAGCUCGCGCGCAGAGUCACAAAGUGGGGCUGGGGCCUAGGUGCACCCCUGGCUGGAAGCAAGAACGGAAGUAGCAGUCGCAAGAUGGUCUAUUCUUUCUCCGGUCUACUAAGCAGUAUCGAACGCUUUGUAAAAUUCGAGUAUGAUCACCAGAACUCGACUAUCUCUAGCCAACUACGCCAACCUGGCCAUCUUUCCGACGAUGAGCGGCGUGACAUGGCCAAGGAAGUAAUGCGUGUGGCCUUUGAGCAUCUCGCCUCUCGCAUUCUCUUGCACCUAUCUUCUCUACCACCUGAAGAGGCCGCCAAGGUCAACUCUGUGGUCGUCUCUGGUGGUGUGGCGGCGAACCGCUUCUUGCGCCAUGUAAUGCGUGCUUUCCUGGACGUCAGGGGUUUCAACCACGUUGAAUUGUUCUUUCCACCUGUCGAGCUGUGCACAGACAACGCAGCUAUGAUUGGAUGGGCAGGCAUAGAAAUGUGGGAGGCCGGAUGGAGGUCGCAAUUGUCUGUACGACCGAUCAAGACGUGGUCCAUGGAUCCUAGUGCUAGCGACGGCGGUAUUCUAGGCGUGGAAGGAUGG